UCUGAUCCUCAAUUUCUUCAUCUGUAAAGUAUAUGGUGGGGCUGACAACCAGGGUCUCUAACUCUGCUGCUCUGUGGUCCUUUGACUCUUUUUUAUUUCCUCCUCUGGAUACAGGCCUCCAGGAAGAAUCAGCUCUCAUCAGUUCCAAGGAAGCCCAUGAUGGGUUUCUGCCAUAUAUUUUAUUGUCCUUUGGGGCUCCUGCUCUGGUUCAUACUACAGACGGCAUCAGCGCCAACAACUCCUGACCCUCCUAUCUGCAAUAAUCAAGAGAAGCAAGUUAUGUUUAGCCACACAUACAAGAUUGAUGUACCAAAGUCGUCCUUGAUCCAAGUGGAGGCUGAUCCUGAACCGCUCAGAGAUGAUGGAGGAGGGCUUCUUCUUCCUGGGGAGACCAGUGAAGAACAGAACAUCAUCUUCCGGCACAAUAUCCGCCUUCAGACCCCAAAGGGAGACUGUGAAUUGUCAGGCAGACUCCAGGACCUAUUGGCUCGGGUGAAGAAGCUGGAGGAAGAGAUGGCGGAGAUGAAGGAGAAAUGUGGCACUCAGCAGUGCUGCCAGGGAGCGCCAGGUCUCAGCAACUUCUGCAGCGGACACGGCAUUUUCACCCAAGACACUUGUGGAUGCAGGUGUGACGAAGGCUGGGGAGGUCCUGACUGCUCCCUGCCCAGUUGUCCUGGGGGAUGCAGUGACCACGGGCGCUGUGUGGAUGGCCGAUGCAUUUGUGAUGAGCCCUAUGUUGGUGAGGACUGUGGAUAUCUGCCCUGCCCCGAGAACUGCAGUGGGAAUGGGAUCUGUGUGAGGGGCGUUUGCCAUUGCCAUGAGGAUUUCACAUCGGAGGACUGCAGUGAGAGGAGAUGCCCCAAUGACUGCAGCGGCCAUGGCUUUUGUGACACAGGAGAGUGCUACUGUGAGGAGGGCUUCACUGGCCUUGACUGUUCCCAGGUUCCUCCUCCCCAGAAUCUGCAGCUACUCAAGAGCACAGAAGACUCUCUGCUGGUGAACUGGGAUCCAGAAGAGGAUGUAGACCAUUAUCUGCUCAGUUACUAUCCCUUAGGACUGGAAACUUCAACAAAGCAGACUAAAAUCCCCAACGAUCAGCUAAGCUAUGAGAUUUUUGGCCUGCAGCCCAGUACCAAGUAUAUUGUCACCUUACGCAAUGUGAAAAAGGGGACUUCCAGUAACCCACAGCAUCUGCUAGCUUCUACAGACACGUCUGUGAUCGGCACUGGUUGGGUGACUGAUGAGACAGAGUACUCUCUGGAUGUGGAAUGGGAGAAUCCACCUGCGGAGGUUGAUUAUUACAAACUCAGGUAUGGCACCUUACAAGGGCAGGAAGUGGAGGAAGUGACUGUGCCCAAGAGCAGUGACCCCAAGAGCAGAUAUGACAUUACAGGUUUGCAGCCUGGCACUGAAUACAAGAUCACUGUGGUACCCAUAAGAGAUGGAUUGGAAGGCAAAGCAAUUUCCCUGAAUGGCAAGACUGGAAUUGACAGUCCCACCAAUGUGGUGACUGAUCAAGUGACAGAGGAUACAGCGAGUGUCUCCUGGGAUCCUGUCCAGGCUCUCAUAGAUAGAUACGUGGUGCGCUAUAUCUCUGCUGAAGGAGAAGUCAAGUCGACGCCAGUAGACAAGGAGAAGAGCAGCACUCUACUGACAGGCUUGAACCCUGGCAUGGAGUACACUGUCCAUGUGUGGGCUGAGAAGGGGAACCAAGAGAGUAAGAAAGCCAACACCAAAGCCUUAACAGAAAUUGACAGCCCAACCAAUCUGGUAACUCAACACGUAACCGAGGAUACCGCCACCAUCUCCUGGAACCCAGUCCAGGCUGUCAUAGACAGGUACCUUGUGAGCUACACCACUGAUGGAGAGACCAAGGAGAUCCCAGUGGAGAGGGACAAGACCACCACUCUGCUGACUGGCUUGAGACCAGGCGUAGAUUAUACUGUCUACGUCUGGGCUGAGAAAGGGAACCAAGAGAGCAAGAAAGCUAAUACCAAAGCCCCGACAGUAAUUGAUGACCCCAAGAACCUGAUAACUGACCAGGUGACAGAGGACACAGCCGCUAUAUCCUGGGACCCGGUCCGGGCCGUCAUAGACAGGUACAUGGUACGCUACUCAUCCGCUGAUGGAGAGACCAAGGAGAUCCCAGUGGGGAAAGACAAGACCAGCACCAUCCUGACCGGUCUGAGACCCGGUGUGGAUUACUCUGUUUAUGUCUGGGCUGAGAAAGGGAAACAAGAGAGCAAAAAAGCCAACACGAAAGCCCCAACAGAAAUUGAUGACCCUAAGAACCUGAUAACUGAAAGGGUGACAGAGGAUACAGCCACCAUAUCCUGGGACCCAGUCCAGGCUGUCAUAGACAGGUACAAGGUACGCUACACAUCCGCUGAUGGGGAGACCAAGGAGAUCCCAGUGGGGAAGGACAAGACCAGCACCAUCCUGACUGGUCUGAGACCAGGAGAGGAUUACUCUGUUUAUGUCUGGGCUGUGAAAGGAGACCGGGAGAGCAAGAAAGCCAACACAAAAGCCCCAACAGAAAUUGAUGACCCAAAGAACCUGAUAACUGAUCAGGUGACAGAGGACACAGCCACCAUAUCCUGGGACCCAGUCCAGGCUGUCAUAGACAGGUACAUGGUACGCUAUAUAUCCGCUGAUGGAGAGACCAAGGAGAUCCCAGUGGGGAAGGACAAGACCAACACCAUCCUGACCGGUCUGAGACCAGGCGUGGAUUACUCUGUUUAUGUCUGGGCUGUGAAAGGAGAUCGAGAGAGCAAGAAAGCCAACACAAAAGCCCCAACAGAGAUUGAUAGCCCUAGAAACCUAGUGACUGACCAAGUGACAGAAGACACAGCCACUAUAUCCUGGGAUCCAGUCCAGGCUGUCAUAGACAGGUACAUGGUGCGUUACACCUCAGCUGAUGGAGAGACCAAGGAGAUCCCAGUGGGGAAGGACAAAACUACUACUAUUCUAACAGGCUUAAAGCCAGGCAUGGAGUACAGUGUUUAUGUCUGGGCUAUGAAGGAAGACCAGGAGAGCAAGAAAGCCAGCACUAAAGCUCUUACAGAAAUUGAUGAUCCCAAGAACUUGAUGACUAACCAGGUGACAGAAGACACAGCCACUAUAUCCUGGGACCCGGUCCAGGCUGUCAUAGACAGGUACAUGGUACGCUACACAUCCGCUGAUGGAGAGACCAAGGAGAUCCCAGUGGGGAAGGACAAGACCAGCACCAUCCUGACCGGUCUGAGACCCGGCGUGGAUUACUCUGUUUAUGUCUGGGCUGUGAAGGGAGACCGGGAGAGCAAAAAAGCCAACACGAAAGCAUUGACAGCUAUUGACCCUCCCAGAAACCUCCGUGCAUCUGAUGUGACACAGUCUAGUGGUGUUGUGACCUGGAUGCCACCUUCUGCUCAGAUUGAUGGCUAUAUUCUAACUUAUCAAGCUCCAGAUGGCACCAGCAAGGAGGUGAAGCUGGGGCCUGGGGACCAGAGGUUUGAGCUGCAAGGCCUUGGUCUAGGAAAAAGGUACACCAUCUCUCUGGUAGCCUUUAAGGGUGACCAGCAGAGCAGGACGGUAACUACUAACUUAUCCACAGUCGGGGCUCGCUUCCCCCACCCGUCUGACUGCAGUCAGGUGCAACAGAAUGGAGACGUUGGCAGUGGAAUGUACACAAUCUACCUGCAUGGUGAUGUCCACCAGCCCAUGCAAGUGUACUGUGACAUGGACACCGAUGGAGGUGGAUGGAUUGUAUUUCAGAGACGAAACACUGGUCAGUUGGACUUCUUUAAGCGCUGGAGGAGCUAUGUGGAAGGUUUUGGAGAUCCCAUGAGGGAAUUCUGGUUUGGACUUGAGAAACUACACAAUCUUACCACUGGAACACCAGUCCGAUAUGAGGUGCGGGUGGACUUACAGACAGCAAAUGAGUCUGCCUAUGCGGUCUAUGAUUUUUUUCAAGUGGCUUCUAGCAAGGACAGAUAUAAGCUGACAGUGGGGAAAUACAGGGGCACAGCAGGUGAUGCUCUCUCUUACCACAAUGGAUGGAAAUUCACCACCUUUGACAGAGACAAUGACAUUGCUCUCAGCAACUGUGCCCUGACGCAUCACGGAGGCUGGUGGUAUAAGAAUUGCCACCUGGCAAACCCCAAUGGCCGAUAUGGAGAAACCAAACACAGUGAGGGGGUGAAUUGGGAGCCAUGGAAAGGACAUGAAUUUUCCAUCCCUUAUGUGGAGCUGAAGAUCCGCCCUCAUGGUUUCAGUGGGAAGCAAGUGCUGGGAAGGAAGAAAAGGAUGUUGGCAGGGAAGAGAAUAAUCAACAGAAGAUCCAAUUGACUGGGAGGUGGAAUAAGAAAUCAUGUAAAGUUGCAGAGAUUUUUGGAUGGGGGUGGGUAGAUUACUCAUUGGCUAAACUUGAAUUAAGAUCUGAGCUGUGUGGGGGAAAUGUGUGUGAUCUCUAAUUUCUGUUCUCGUCAGAAACCCAAUCUACAGGUACAUUCUGACAAACCCCAAGCCAUAACAAUUCUCUUUUCUUCUCCAUCUUCACUGAUGCAACAUUAUCUGCACUUAGGAUUUAGAUUUUUAAAAAAGUGGUUGCAUAGCAAAUUAAUACCAUGCUGGCAAGGAUGCUCAACCUUACCCCAGUGAUAUUCUAGUGAUAUGAAAUGACUUGAGAAGUCUAUAAAUCACCAAUCCAGGAACUGUCACUUCUUGGAUCCCUCAGUAUAUAUUUUGUAUGUAUUUGUAUGAGCAUGUCAUUCUAUUGAUAGAACAGAAGCUCCUUGAAUGCAGUCAAUAAAUGCUUGUUAAUUGAUUGAUUGACACAAGUCUGUCCAGUAAGACCACCCAAUGGGAACAGAAUGAUGAGGUUACCGCAUUUGCCAGAAGUUUAUAGUCCAUCAUUCUUUCUUUAGCAUUGGAUUCCUCAUUGCUCUUUCUCUCACCAACAGGUGUUGAGAAGGAAAGCAAGGAGAGGGUGAAGGCAGGGCUGGAGAGACUCCCUGAAACAUAUGGUUAAUGGAAAUUUUUAUGAAAUCUUAUUCCUCUAAUAUUCUAGGGAAUAAAGCUUUUAUUAUGCUGCCCAUUUUCCAUCUCAAGACAAUUCUUAGUCUAAUCUAUAUAACUGCUUUCAUAGAGCUGUUUGCUUUGUGGAUUAGCCUGUAUUCACCCAGACUUAAAAUAAUUUAGCAUGUUUUAAAAAUUGUUUUUCCAUAGAGUUUCUAUUCCACCCCGCUGUACCACUCAUCAAGUCCUAACCUUGCUCAUUUGUCCAGACCCUUUCCUAAUGCUUGGUGUUGUUAAAUAACCCUUUGUGCCUGAAUUUUUUGAAAUUGUUGGAUAUUAUAAACCCUCCAAACAGUAGGCUGGGAAGCCUCGAUUCUUGUUAUGGAAACUCAGAAAGGUCAAAUAAUUUUGUUUUUUUUCUUACCAUUGUGGAACAUUUUCUAUUAGGUAAUUUGGUUACUAUUCAGUACCUUACAUUUCUAUUUCUGAAAAAAUAAAUAAAUCACUUGAUUACAAAAAAACAAA